GGGAUCAGACGUUUCCGAUAGGGGUGAGUGUGGAGCAGGGGUGACGUCAGGCGCCUCCUCCUCCCCCAGCCGAGUCCGUGAAAGUAACUCUGGAGUGUGGACUGGGAAGUGAUAGGAGUCGCCGGGCAUGGAGAGCACUGAGCGCGGAGCGGCUGGCACAACUCGGGUUGCCGGGUUCCCCGUCUGAUCCUCCCGGAGCUGCCACUGGGGAUUUGUCUGUGUGCUCGGAUCCUCACCUGUGAAACUUGUCUGCGUCUCUGGGAAUUGGGAAAGAUGGACGGCGUCUGUGCGGGACUGCUGCUGCUGCUACUCCCACCGGUGCUGGCAUCGGUGCACGGCCAGUUGUCUACAGGAGGUUGUACCUUUAAUGAUGGCCCAGCAGCUUGUGAUUAUCAUCAGGACUUGUACGAUGACUUUGAUUGGGACCAUGUCAGUGCUCAAGAGCCCCAUUACCUACCUACAGAAAUGCCAAAAGGCUCCUAUAUGAUUGUGGACUCCUCUAAGCAUGAUCCUGGCGAGAAGGCUCGCCUGCAGCUCCCCAACAUGAAGGAAAAUGACACUCACUGCAUUGACUUUAACUACCUUCUCUUCACGCAAAAAAGGGACAGUCCAGGGACCUUGAAUAUUUUUGUGCGGGUGAACAAAGGACCCAUUGCCAACCCUAUCUGGAAUGUAACUGGCGCUACUGGGAAGGACUGGUUGAGGGCUGAGCUGGCGGUCAGCACUUUUUGGCCAAAUGAGUAUCAGGUAAUCUUUGAAGCGGAGUCCUCAGGAGGGAGGGGUGGAUACAUCGCCAUAGAUGACAUUCAAGUUUUGAGCUACCCUUGUGAUAAGUCUCCUCACUUCUUGAGACUUGGAGAUGUUGAGGUGAAUGCUGGUCAGAAUGCCACGUUUCAGUGUAUUGCCACUGGAAGGGACGCAGUGAACAACAAGUUAUGGCUUCAGAAACGGAAUGGGGAAGAUAUCCCUGUAGUACAAACCAAAAACAUCAAUCACAGAAGAUUUGCAGCCUCAUUUAGGUUACGGGAGGUGACGAAGGCAGAUGAAGACCUGUACAGAUGUGUAACACAAUCAGAGAGAGGCUCUGGAGUCUCAAAUUUUGCUCAGCUCAUCGUCCGAGAACCGCCACGACCAAUUGCCCCUCCACAGCUCCUGGGUGUUGGUCCAACUUACCUUCUUAUUCAGCUGAAUGCUAACUCUAUUAUUGGAGAUGGGCCUAUCAUUCUGAAGGAGGUAGAAUAUAGGAUGACCACAGGAACCUGGAUUGAAACACAUGCAGUAAAUGCACCAACGUAUAAACUAUGGCAUCUGGAUCCAGAUACGGAGUAUGAGAUUCGGGUUUUAUUAACAAGGCCGGGAGAGGGAGGCACAGGACAGCCAGGGCCUCCACUAAUCACAAGGACCAAGUGUGCAGAGCCCAUGAGGACACCCAAAACCCUGAAGAUUGCAGAAAUACAGUCCAGACGUAUUGCUGUUGAUUGGGAAUCAUUGGGCUACAAUAUAACUCGCUGCCAUACUUUUAAUGUCACCAUUUGCUAUCACUAUUAUCGAAGCCAUAAUAUGGACAAAGUUGAUUGUUUGGACAUGGACCCCAAAGCUCCAAAACAUGUGGUGGACCAUCUCCCACCUUAUACAAAUGUCAGUCUAAAGAUGAUCUUAACCAAUCCCGAGGGUCGAAAGGAAAGUGAAGAAACUAUUAUCCAGACAGAUGAAGAUGUACCUGGACAAGUGCCAUUCAAUUCACUGAAGGGCACACCAUUUGAAGAUAAGAUCUUCCUGAAUUGGAAGGAGCCUACAGAGCCAAAUGGAGUUAUCACUCAAUAUGAGGUUAAGUACAACAGUAUCCGGUCUUUUGAUCCUGCCGUUCCUGUGUCUGGUCCACCGCAGACUGUUUCCAAACUUUGGAAUAGUACACACCAUGUUUUCUCUCAGCUGCAUCCAGGCACUACAUACCAAUUUCUUAUAAAGGCUAGUACAAUGAAGGGAUUUGGUCCAGCAACAACUAUUAACGUUACCACCAAUAUAUCAGCGCCAACAUUACCAGACUAUGAGGGUGUUGAUGCAUUCCUUAAUGAAACCGCCACCACUAUCACUGUGCUGCUUAGGCCUGCCCAGGCUAAAGGUGCUCCUAUCAGUGCCUACCAAAUUGUAGUGGAAGAGCUACAUCCUCUUCGGACAAAGAGGGAGACUGGAGGGAUGGAGUGUUAUCAGGUUCCAGUUGCUUAUAACAAUGCUGGCAGCGGUGGUGGUUCCCCUUACUACUUUGCUGCAGAGCUACCACCAUCGAACCUUCCUGAAGCUGCUCCUUUCACUGUUGGUGACAACAGGACUUAUCAAGGAUUUUGGAACCCACCGCUCGCUCCUCGUAAAGGCUAUAAUAUCUACUUCCAGGCUGUAAGCAGUGUUGAGAAGGAAACUAAAACACAGUGUGUGCGAAUUGCGACUAAAGCUGCAGCAACCGAGGAACCAGAGGUAAUUCCUGAUCCUGCCAAGCAGACUGAUCGGGUGGUGAAAAUAGCUGGCAUCAGUGCAGGGAUACUGGUAUUCAUCCUACUCCUACUAGUUGUCAUUUUAAUAGUCAAAAAAAGAUAUAUUACAUGGCGAAGAAACUUCUGCAUUAGAAGCAUUAGGAGGAGCUACUAUUCUUACUCCUACUACCUUAAACUGGCCAAGAAACGAAAGGAUGCGAUGGGUAAUGCGCGCCAGGAAAUGACACACAUGGUGAAUGCGAUGGAUAGGAGUUAUGCUGACCAGAGUACUCUGCAUGCAGAAGAUCCACUGUCUAUCACCUAUAUGGACUCGCACAACUUCAGUCCCAGAUUGCCCAAUGAUCCACUUGUGCCGACUGCUGUGUUAGUGCCAAUAACUGAUGAAAACCACACUGCAACAGCAGAGUCCAGUCGUCUCUUGGAUGUCCCUCGUUACUUGUGUGAGGGAACUGAAUCUCCAUAUCAGACAGGACAGCUUCACCCAGCCAUUAGGGUAGCUGAUCUGCUCCAACAUAUUAAUCUUAUGAAGACUUCUGAUAGCUAUGGAUUUAAGGAAGAGUAUGAGAGUUUCUUUGAGGGUCAGUCUGCAUCAUGGGAUGUUGCUAAGAAAGAUCAAAACCGAACAAAGAACAGAUAUGGAAAUAUCAUAGCUUACGACCACUCGCGAGUCAUCCUGCAGCCAGUAGAAGAUGACCCCUCCUCUGACUACAUAAACGCAAAUUACAUUGAUAUAUGGCUGUACAGGGAUGGUUAUCAGCGGCCGAGUCAUUACAUUGCUACUCAAGGCCCAGUUCAUGAAACAGUCUAUGACUUCUGGAGAAUGGUGUGGCAAGAACAAUCUGCUUGUAUCGUCAUGGUUACAAAUCUAGUGGAAGUUGGCAGGGUGAAAUGUUACAAAUACUGGCCUGAUGAUACUGAAGUCUACGCAGAUUUUAAAGUGACAUGUGUAGAAGUGGAACCACUGGCUGAGUAUGUGAUCCGUACAUUCACUCUUGAAAGGAGAGGAUAUAAUGAAAUCAGAGAAGUCAAGCAGUUCCAUUUUACUGGGUGGCCUGAUCAUGGAGUUCCCUAUCAUGCUACUGGACUUCUGUCCUUUAUUAGACGUGUGAAGUUGUCCAACCCACCAAGUGCUGGUCCCAUUGUGGUUCACUGCAGCGCUGGCGCUGGCCGCACUGGCUGUUACAUAGUUAUUGACAUCAUGCUAGACAUGGCUGAGCGGGAAGGUGUGGUAGACAUUUAUAACUGUGUGAAAGCUUUGCGCUCUCGGCGCAUCAACAUGGUCCAAACAGAGGAGCAGUAUAUUUUCAUCCAUGAUGCCAUUCUGGAAGCGUGCUUGUGUGGAGAAACUGCCAUACCCGUCUGUGAAUUUAAAGCCGCAUAUUUUGACAUGAUCAGAAUAGACUCACAGACCAACUCAUCACAUCUCAAAGAUGAAUUCCAGGUAUUAUCAACUCUGAAUUCUGUGACCCCAAGACUACAAGCCGAGGACUGCAGUAUAGCCUGCUUGCCAAGGAACCAUGAGAAGAACCGUUUCAUGGACCUGCUGCCGCCUGACAGAUGUCUGCCUUUCUUAAUUACCAUAGAUGGGGAGAGCAGCAAUUACGUCAAUGCAGCCCUUAUGGAUAGCUACAGACAGCCAGCUGCCUUCAUCGUUACGCAGCACCCCUUGCCAAACACUGUAAAAGACUUCUGGAGAUUAGUCUAUGACUACGGAUGCUCUUCCUUAGUGAUGCUCAAUGAGGUGGAUUUGACACAGGGCUGUCCACAGUACUGGCCGGAGGAAGGAAUGCUGAGGUAUGGCCCAAUCCAAGUGGAGUGUAUGUCCUGCUCAAUGGACUGUGAUGUUAUCAACAGAAUCUUCAGGAUAUGCAACCUGACUAGGCCUCAAGAAGGUUAUCUGAUGGUGCAGCAGUUCCAGUACUUGGGCUGGGCGUCUCACAGGGAGGUGCCAAGUUCUAAAAGAUCUUUCCUGAAAUUGAUUUUGCAAGUUGAAAAAUGGCAAGAGGAGUGUGAUGAAGGGGAGGGACGCACCAUUAUUCACUGCCUAAAUGGUGGAGGGCGAAGUGGAAUGUUCUGUGCCAUUAGUAUUGUGUGUGAAAUGAUCAAAAGACAAAAUGUAGUAGAUGUCUUUCAUGCUGUGAAAACACUACGCAACAGCAAGCCAAAUAUGGUGGAAAUUCCGGAACAGUACCGCUUCUGCUACGAUGUGUCAUUAGAAUACCUUGAGUCUUCAUAGUUGGAUGUGCCGGUCAACUCUAAAAGCUCAGAAAAAUAGCACUCCAACUGUGGAGAAAGGGAUUUUUACAUGGGACCUUUUACGUUUUAAACAAGGCAAACAAAGAAAAAAAUAAACCUAAAGAAAAAAAAUAUUUUUCUUAUGACUUUCUGUAGCUUCAUAAAAAAGGAUAUGAGCUGUUUCCAUGACUGUAUACAGUAUUGAUGGAUCUAGUGCCACAUGAUCAUGCAUUGUGCUGGGGGCCAGAACUGGACAGUGUCUCCUCGUCACAAGGAUUUAUAUGUAUUUGUAUAUGCAGCCGUCUCGCAAACAACGCUGAAGCCAAUAUGUUGCAUGUGUCUAUACUUUUUUUUUUUAUAUAUAAAUAAAAUUUGUUUAAAAAUGCUUAUAAAUGCUGUGCAGAUUUGACUGUAAAUUAAUUAUCUAUACAUUUCAGGCUUCACCAAUCUGUAUUUGGCUUUCUGUUGUUUUGUACAUCUGAUGGCUGGAGCGUACCAUAUAUAUAUUGUUUCAAAAGAAUCCCAAACAUAAGCCAAAGAGUCAAUUGUAAAUAUGUCAAUAUGGAGAAGCACACUCUGUAUUUAUUGCUUAUUUACAUUCCUUUCUUUUGACGGCUGAAGAAACAAUCAUUUUUCCUGAGGAAAGCUUUUUGCUGAAAAUGAUGGUUUAUUUUUGUAUGUAAGUGUAAGGAAAAGGCAUCUGUUUUCUGCAUUAACUGAAGAGCGAUGUUUUAAAGAUAUUUUGUUGUACAUCAUGCUGGUGAAUAUACGUUAUGUGAAUCUGUUUGGUUCUGGACCACCUCUAAUAGCAGGACCAAAGUGCUGUACAGUUUUCCACAAACACCCUAGUAAUCAUGGCUCAAUUUAUUCAUACACGUUGUGGGAAAUCCAUGCUUAGAAACUUCUAGAUCUGAGUCCUGGGCCACACUGUUGGGAAAGCAGAUCAAGAGGUUGCAGCAUUGCGAUCCAGGGCAUGAGAACAUUUGAUUAGCACAUUGUAACAAAAUGUGUAUCUUGUUGUUUACAGACUUUUAAGCUUUGGAUUCUAUCAGCAAAGCAAAUUGAAAUAAAUGAAUACUGUAUUUCA